UUGUAUAACAAAGGUUGCCUCCGACACAACAGAGACACAGAUUUCUCCAGGGUCACCUGCAGAUGGUCAGUUUUAUAUACAGGUCGGUCACAUAAGUCCAACAACUAGGUCAGUUUAGGUCAACGGAAUGGCCGACCUGAAGAAGCUAUACCUAUGGAUAACAUACGUGGUACUUUAUACUGAAGCUGGCCCCUGUUUGAACGACCAGCACUGUUCAGACUGUGACGUCACAACGGGACAUUGCCUCACUAAGUGUGACAUAGGGUAUUUUGAUCUGAAAUGUUUCUCUGUGUGCGAUGGUCAUUGUAACGGUAGCCUGUGUACUCAAGCUGCUGACGGUAGUGGACGGUGCACCGAGGGUUGUGAGCCAGGAUAUCAAGGCAUUGGCUGCAACAUACCAUGUGACAGUCCAGGAGGUAACUGUACAGCAUGUCCAGGUGGUUGUGAUGGAGGAUAUUGUCAGCUGGGCUCAUCCUGUGUGUCUGGAUGUGUAGACUCCUACUACGGGACUGACUGCAGGAAUCGUUCAAGUGGAUGUACGUCAUGCAACAAAUUGACACGUGAUGCUGUAUCAGGUAUCAACAUGGCUGCAGCACUAUCUACAGGACUAGCUGUAGCCGCUCUCCUUUUCAUUGUCACUUUGGCCGCGUGCUGCAGUUACUGUCAGCGUUUGAGAUCAGAAAGGUUCCAGUUGUACGUCACUCCCACCCAGGACAUGGACGUGUCACCAGAGGCAGGAGAUGCUCCUCAGUACGAUGUCGUUGAUGAAGCAAGGAUGUAUGAUGGACUCACUUUUGAGGGACAACCUGCCUCUGCCAGCUGUUCUGGCUAUGAGGAACUGACACAUACCUCGACGGCUACUUUCUGAUGUCCAACAACAUGCGAGCCCCCUUCGCCAGGGUGAGAUUUGUAGGUGUGGACAAACUCACAGCUUGGCGUAAACUUCAGGUCGGAUUUGACAAGUGCUGAUCACCACUACGUGUGUCACGUUUGUUGUGACAUGCCGUGUGUCACGUUAUGACUGUCGGUAUUACUCGUGUCUCCUGUAACGUCACGUGAUGCCGUUGUUAACCAACGUAAAAUGUUAUCUAUGUAACGCUUUGACUUUCCAAAGUUGGUUAUUCAGUAGCUUUCCUUCAAGGGACUAUGCCAUUUAAUAUCAAAGAGAACUGUUCAGACAAAUUUAGGAAUUCAGGAAGCUUUUGACGUUGUGAACAAACAAUAGGUAUAUAACGAACACUCCUGAAAAUAAAUUGCUAUAACUUGG